AGCUGGAAGAGACCACAAAGUAGGUUUGGGCAAAACUUGUCUGACACAUUUGCGAAGUUCAUCAACCAUGUCCCAGCUCAACGGUCAUACUGAGAAAACAUGGGAAUCUCAUAACAAGAUGAUGUUGGAGCCUCUGAGCACCAAUGAUCCUGAGGUGUUUGACAUCAUAAAGAAGGAGAAGAAGCGUCAGACGUAUGGGUUAGAGCUCAUUGCUUCUGAAAACUUCACAAGUCGAGCUGUUUUGGAGGCUCUGGGCUCCUGCAUGAACAACAAGUACUCUGAAGGUUAUCCUGGCCAGAGGUAUUAUGGAGGCACAGAGCAUGUUGAUGAGCUGGAGCGUUUGUGUCAGGACCGAGCUUUGAAGGUGUACGGCCUCGACCCGGAGAAAUGGGGAGUGAAUGUUCAGCCGUACUCUGGGUCGCCCGCAAACUUUGCCGUAUACACAGCUAUAGUGGAGCCCCAUGGGCGAAUCAUGGGCCUUGAUCUGCCAGAUGGUGGUCAUCUCACUCACGGCUUUAUGACUGACAAGAAGAAAAUCUCUGCCACGUCCAUUUUUUUUGAGUCCAUGCCUUAUAAGGUCAAUCCAGAAACUGGGUACAUCGAUUAUAACAGACUUGAGGAAAAUGCUCGUCUCUUCCACCCAAGACUAAUCAUUGCAGGCACCAGUUGCUAUUCCCGAAACUUGGACUACAGUCGGCUGAGAAAGAUUGCAGAUGAGAACGGAGCGUAUCUUCUGGCAGACAUGGCUCAUAUCAGUGGUCUGGUGGCAGCAGGGGUCGUUCCUUCUCCAUUUGAAUACUGUGAUGUUGUUUCCACGACCACCCAUAAGACUCUGAGGGGCUGCAGGGCAGGAGUCAUAUUUUUCAGGAAGGGAGUUCGUAGUGUUGAUGCAAAGACCGGCAAGGAGACGAUGUACAAUUUGGAAAGUCUGAUUAAUCAGGCUGUGUUUCCUGGACUGCAGGGCGGCCCGCAUAACCAUGCCAUCGCAGGUGUCGCUGUUGCUUUGAAGCAGGCGCUGACUCCUGAGUUUAAAACCUAUCAGUUGCAAGUUCUGGCAAACUGCAAGGCUUUGGCCUCUGCUCUGAUGGACAAGGGCUACAAAGUUGUUACUGGCGGCUCUGAUAAUCACCUCAUCUUGGUUGAUCUCCGUUCAAAUGGAACUGAUGGAGGAAGAGCAGAGAAAGUUCUGGAAGCCUGUGCCAUCGCCUGCAACAAAAACACCUGCCCAGGUGAUAAAAGUGCCUUGCGGCCCAGCGGCUUGCGUUUAGGGUCUCCGGCUCUCACAUCUCGAGGACUGUUGGAGGAACAUUUCCAUAAGGUUGCAGAGUUCAUUCACCAGGGCAUUGUGUUGACUUUGGAGAUCCAGAAAAACAUGAACCCUAAAGCAACAUUGAAGGAGUUUAAGGAGGAACUGGCUCAAAAUGAGAAGUACCAACUGAAAAUAAAGGAAAUCCGAAAGGAAGUGGAAGACUUUGCUGGAAAGUUCCCAAUGCCCGGGUUGCCAGAGUUAUAACACAUUUCUGCUUGACUUUUCUGUCCAAAAGAUUUCCUUUACAUUUGAUGAGCACAGAGGCUUCAGUACAGAUCACUGCAGUCAGAAUACACAUCAAUCAGAUGAUUUCCCAAUUAUACAAGUCAUGUUUGUCCUCAAUAUCACACAUCAGGGUGGUUUCUGUAGACUUUUCUUGUAUGUGGGCAAACUAUAGUGUAACCUGAAACUGCACAACCAAGAAUGUGUACAUGCUGUGCAAAUAAAGCUGGAAAUAUUGUCAAUGU